AUGGAAAGCUCCAGCCUUGCCGCUGCCGAUCGGAUCGAUUCAACGCAUACACGAGAGGAUCACCCUCCCACGACCACCAUGGGGUGGUGCAGAAAGCUUGACGGCGGAGGAGGCAAAUCAGCCGUUGUUUCAGUGGUGGUGGUGCAGGGAAGGCCGCUGGUGGAGGCUUCGACUAUAAGAACUUCAGCCAUAAAAAUUAUUAUUCAAAGCAUCGGAGAUGAUAGUGGAGUGAAAAUUAUUAUUUUAGCAGGUACUGCACCCUCUUAUAAUCCUCGAUGGCAAAAUCAGAAGAAUCUUGAGUGCAAGCAUUCACGGGUUGGUGAUAACUACUGCUCCAUCAAUGAGUUUAUGUCUAUUGGCUGCUUCUGCUCUGGUUUAGAGUCCUCGAAUCUGAUUGUUGGUAUUGAUGUCACCAAGAGAAACGAGUGGACAGGUGUGAGAUCAUUCGGUAGGAAGAGCCUGCAUUACAUUGGAACAACUCCAGACUCCCAUGUUAUGGAUUCGGAGAUGGCAUGUCAUGCUAUUCAUGAGGGUCUUAAAUUGAUAUCCUUUGUAAUGUUUCGGGUAUAUCGGAUGAAGAAAAGGCAUAUGUAUCACAAAUUUUGGAAAAAUGUCAGGACACAAGAAUAAUCUCUUCAAAGUGUCCAACAUGAUCAUUGUUGCCAAGCCAGAUGCAUUGAGGAUAAGUCUCUUGAAACUUUUCUACGAAGAUACAUGAUACAUGGUAAGUUGUUCCUCACAAGCCACAACAUAAUAAAUAGCAUGACUCUCUUCCCUGUCAUAGAACCUUAUCACCAAGCCCUCGAUUUUUAGUUCUGUUGAUUCCAAGAUUGCAUAAGAGGUUCUGUUGUAAUAACAUUAUCUAAGAAUGUUUAUCUAAACUGAAUUGAAAUUCUUAAAAGCUGUAGUUGUUUAAGAAGUUGAUGUCUGCUUAAUUUUAUGAUGUGUAUCUUUGGAUGUGUUUCCUUUUGUAUGUUUAUUCACAUGUUUUCGACAGGUAUACUCGUGACACUCGGACAUUAAACGCAUGUUCUUCGUCUCUGAGAGAAUCCGGUUUCUAAAAACAGAUUCAAAACAUCACCAGCGCCAGAAACGAAACCACUCGGUGACAACGACAUCUGAUCUAAGAAUAGAGUUUCCUGUCGAGUGCAGGGAGACUAAGUAGAGCGGCGGUUGUUGCUGCAGGUGCCUACAAAGGUGAUGAAGCAGACAAUGCAUAAGAAGAGAACGGUGGUUUCUUCUAUGCUUCCGAAAGAAACCACGUCCAUUUUGUAAUAUUGUUUUCUUUCUUAUUUUGUACUUCCGAGCCUCUGUUACUAUAUCAGAUCGGAAAUUAUUUUAUGAGAUUCAGUGAGUUUAGCGACUUUCAUGACUCUGAGUGAAAUAAUAUUCUUUCAAACCUUAUCAUGGAAAUUGGUUAGUCUUUUUGUUAUAUUCUGA